AUGAUGCUGCCGAUGGUCGCAUUGCUAUGGCUGGGCUGCUCGUUGCUGUGGCCGGUCGGCGCCAUGCGCUCGGACUAUCUGGCCCAGCUGCGGCAGGACACGGUGGACAUGUUCUAUCACGGGUAUAGCAGCUAUAUGGAGCAUGCUUUUCCCGAGGACGAGCUACGUCCAAUAUCGUGUGCUCCCCUGACGCGAGAUCGAGAUAAUCCCGGGCGAAUCAGCUUGAACGAUGCUCUUGGCAACUACUCCCUGACUCUGAUAGACAGCCUGUCCACGCUUGCGAUUCUGGCUGGUGGUCCGCAGACGGGCUCAUAUACUGGACCACAGGCUCUGAGUGACUUUCAAGAUGGCGUGGCCGAAGGCUUCGACCUAGACAGCAAAGUCCAAGUGUUCGAGACUGUCAUCCGUGGCGUAGGCGGCCUCCUGAGCGCACACUUGUUCGCCAUCGGAGAGCUACCCAUUACUGGAUACAACCCGAAGCCAGAGGGAAUCGCAGGCGAUGACCCCUUGGAACUGCCUCCCAUCUCGUGGCCAAACGGAUUAAAGUACGACGGCCAGCUGCUAAGACUCGCUCUCGAUCUUUCUGAACGACUGCUUCCUGCUUUUUACACCCCAACCGGUAUCCCAUAUCCUCGGGUCAAUCUCCGCAGCGGCAUCCCCUUUUACGUCAACUCUCCCCUCAACCAAAACCUGGCGGAGGCAAUGGAGGAGCAAAGCGGCCGUCCAGAGAUUACCGAGACCUGUAGUGCUGGGGCUGGGAGCCUGGUUCUUGAGUUUACCGUCUUGAGCAGACUCACGGGUGACCCUAGGUUCGAACAAGCUGCCAAACGAGCCUUCUGGGAAGUGUGGCAUCGCAGGAGCGAAAUCGGCCUGAUCGGUAACGGCAUCGACGCCGAACGAGGGCUGUGGAUUGGGCCCCAUGCGGGUAUCGGUGCAGGCAUGGACAGCUUCUUUGAAUAUGCGCUCAAGAGUCACAUCCUUCUCUCUGGCCUGGGCAUGCCCAACGCUUCUACGUCUCGCAGACAGAAUGCCUUCCUUCAAGCGUGGCAUCAAGCUCACGCGUCGGUCAAGCGGUACUUGUACACUGACAGGAGCCAUUUCCCCUAUUACUCAAACAAUCAUCGUGCCACAGGCCAGCCAUAUGCCAUGUGGAUCGAUAGUCUGGGUGCUUUCUAUCCGGGGCUUCUAGCUUUGGCUGGUGAGGUUGAGGAAGCUAUUGAGGCCAAUCUUGUCUACACGGCCCUGUGGACUCGGUAUUCUGCAUUACCUGAGCGCUGGUCAGUUCGCGAGGGUAAUGUCGAGGCAGGCAUCGGCUGGUGGCCCGGAAGACCCGAGUUUAUCGAGUCCACAUACCACAUCUACCGUGCUACCAGAGAUCCUUGGUACCUUCAUGUCGGCGAGAUGGUUCUCCGCGACAUCAUGCGCCGGUGCUACGCUGAAUGUGGCUGGGCCGGGCUUCAGGAUGUUCAGACGGGCGAGAAGCAAGAUCGCAUGGAGAGCUUCUUCUUGGGAGAAACGGCAAAGUACAUGUACCUGCUGUUCGAUCCAGAUCAUCCGUUAAACAAUAUGGAUGCCGCCUAUGUCUUUACCACAGAAGGCCAUCCGCUUAUCAUACCAAAAAGCAAGCGAGGGAGUCCUAACCGAGAGAAAACUCGCAAAGUGAAGAAGAGCAAAGACGUCGCAGUCUACACCUAUUAUGAUGAACAAUUUACAAACUCUUGCCCUGCACCAGCAGCGCCUCUAGAGCACCAUCUGAUGAGUUCAGCCACUGCGGCCAGGCCAGACUUAUUUGCCGUUUCUCGGUUCACAGAUUUAUAUAGGACGCCCAACGUACAUGGCCCUCUCGAGCUGGUUGAGAUGCGUGACAAGAAGAAAGGACGAGUGGUCGGGUACAGGGCCACUUCAAACCACACCAUCUUCCCGUGGACUCUUCCACCGAGCAUGUUGCCCGAGAACGGAACAUGUGUUGCUCCUCCCGAGCGUAUCAUAUCGCUGAUAGAAUUUCCAGCCAAUGAUCUUACCAGCGGCAUAGCUUCGCGGUUUGGCACGCAUCUUUCGUGGCAGACGCAUUUAGGACCAACAGUUAAUAUGCUGGAAGGAUUGAGACUCCAGCUUGAGCAAGUGUUGGACCCGACUUCAGGGGAUUACAAGUGGAGGAUUACGCAUAUUGGCAAUACUCAGCUGGGACGCUAUGAAACCGUCUUCUUUCACGCCGAACACAUCAAGCAUCUCAAGGACGAGGUGUUUUCCUGUAGGAGGAGGAAAGAUGCGGUGGAGAUUGAGCUACUCGUGGACAAACCAGAAAUUAGCAACAGCACGCUUGAGUUUUCCGAAGAACUGCUCGACGAUGAGAUGGAUGACAUGAUGGACAACGACACGAUCAACGCCGAGAAUCUAGCAUCAAACUCGUUGUUUCAAUCACUACUCCGCGCUGUGUCCUCCGUCUUCGAACCCGUCUACACAGCUAUUCCAGCGUCAGACGCCAGCGAGGGCACUGCCAAGAUAUACAGCUACGACGCAUACACGUCGACCGGUCCCGGCGCGUAUCCCAUGCCGUCUAUCCCAGACACCCCCAUCACCGGCAACCCGUUUUACAACGCGAAAUACCCAGCGUUCAACUUCCCCUGGUCGACCGUCUAUCUCGCAGAUCAGGCCUGCGACGGGCCGCUCCCUGCGGCCGCGCCGCGCGAGCAUCAGGUCAUUGUCAUGCGCCGCGGAGGCUGCUCCUUCAGCCGCAAGCUGGACAAUAUCCCGAGUUUCUCGCCCCACGAGAAGUCGCUACAGCUAGUCAUCAUCCUCGACGAGCCGCCUACUGACGAAGACGGCGCCGACGAAGACGACGAGGGUGUGGUCCGCGAUAGGGGAGACCUCCCUCGGCCGCUGCUCGACAGGGAGCAGACCACCCCAAAGGGGAUGAAGCGCCUCCACGGUAUCCCCAUGGUCCUCAUGAGGGCCGACCAGGGCGACUACGAGCGCUUUGGCAGAGCCAUGGGCGUAGGCAUGAGGAGAAAGUAUCGGGUCGAGAGCCAGGGGCUCGUGGUGGAGAAUGCCGCCGUCUUGUAG